CUCCCCCAGUCCGCGGCGCUCGCUCCGUUCACCUCGGCCGCGGCGACCUUCGAGGCGACGAGACGAUGCUGCGGCUCUCCCGCUUCCUCCCCUCCGCCUGCAGGAGGGGUUUUGAUCUAAAAGAAUCUCUUUGGAGUGGUUCAUUGACAUUCCAACAAGCUGUUUCCACUGCAGCAACAAAUCUUGAUGGGAACUUGUCUGGCAAAAAGUUUGCAAGUUAUACCGUGUUCAAGGGAAAGGCUGCACUUUCUAUACAUCCUAUACUGCCAAGUUUCAGCAAAUUAGAAUCCGGAGGAUCUCGAGUGAGCAAAAAUGGAUCAGUAAUGCUGACCUUCUUUCCUGCUGUUGGACAAAGGAAGUAUGACUAUACAAAGAAACAGCUCUUUGCUCUGUCACCUACUGAAGUUGGAAGCCUGAUAAGUCUUGGGCCUGCUGAAUCCUGUGAAUUUUUCCAUGACCCAUCCAUGAAAUCAAGUAAUGAAGGAACGGUGAAAAAAUCGCUGUCGAUCACUCCACUUGGCAGUGACAGUGGAUACUUUGUUAAUAUAACCGUUGUGAACAGUGCAGAGAGGACUAAUGAUCGUCUUUCAGUCCCUAUCACAAAAGCUGAGUUUGCUGUGAUCCGCACAACUCUGAGUUUUGCAUUGCCACAUAUUAUGGGUUGGGACCAGGCUUUAACCAAUCACCAUCCAGCUCCAGCUCCUCCAGCUAGCAGCAGGCCCACGGUAGAGCGUCCACACCCGGAUUCCGAAUGGGAGAGGUGAAGCUCCCUGCUAGAGGAUGGAGGCCUUUGGCUUUGGGCACCAGUACAAGUUGCUGCUGCAAAGUAUGUGUGCUUGAACAAUCUCUUAGAACACUGUCUGCCGACCGCAUUAGAUUUCUGGAACUUAAGGCUAGAUGAAGCACGAUGAACCAUUGUAUUUGUUCAGUGCAUGUAUAACUAUAUCACGCCUACUAAAGGCAUAUUUCUAGUCGAGUCGAGCUGUUUU